AUGAUUUUCAUUUUGCUUUGGACUUUUUGUACUGUAAUUUCAGCACAGACAAAUUGGAAAGACCUAAUCAUCCCAAAGAUCCCUCAUCUCAACUACACUGGAGUUUCCGAGCAAUGCACAAAAGACACAAAACUGUGGCUGAGCUCACUGGAAACCUUCGUCGCUACUUCUACACAAUGCAUGGCACCUGGUGGAAAAUGUGAUACGAAAAAACUUGAGGAAAACAUGUUCGCUGUUCAACAGCUCGAUUCAUUUGGCAGACUCUUCGAGCCAGGUCUCCUGGAACUCCUUGACACUUUUGAAGGAAACUACCAAGAAUGUGAGCGAAUCAGUGGUAUCAAAUACGACACAAAUUACUGUUACAUGGGGCUGAUUCCAAAAAUCAAACUUCCAUUCUCAUCUCUACCAUACCGAUCGGCAGUUUGCAUGCCAAGAUCCUGCCAGCAUUUGGACCUUCCGAAGCUGUAUAAUCAAUUAGGCUCGAAACUUUUUACGGCCAGAUUUGCAAAAUGUGUUCAUCAGGAUAUUGAAAAGGACUCGGCGUUUUGGGGAUUUACAAUCUUCAUGGGAAUCAUGAUCAGCAUCGCAAUUCUUGCAACUUCUGUGGAUUACCUACGAGAAACUACAUACAAUAUUCCAAGUGACAAGGAAACAAAUCUCUACCUGAAGUUUCUGUUAGCAUUCUCAUUUUGGACAAAUGCUGGCCAAAUUCUGUCGGUAAAAGAGCAGAAGCCUGGAUUCAUUAAGUCAUUGGACUGCAUCCGAGCAUUCUCGAUUUCUUGGGUGAUAGCAGGGCACUCGCUUUUGUUCUUUGAGUUCAAUGAAACAUUAAUUCCAAUUUCAAAUGUUCCGAAGCUUAUUUGGAAUCAUUUAUUUCUCAAUGCAACUGUCUCCGUAGACACUUUCUUUUUGAUGUCAGGAAUUGUGGUGGCCUACUUGUUUUUCAAGCAACGUCCAAAAUCCUCCACCAUAAAAAGUCCAUUGACAUGGAUCCUCUUCUACCUUCACAGAUACCUCCGCUUGACCCCUCCAUACAUGAUUUUUGUAGGAUUUUUUGUGGUCUACGGGCCAUAUAUCCAGGGGCCAUAUGCGGCAUGGAUGUGGAAUGCGCUCGCCUCAAUGUCCAACUAUUGCCGAACAAAUUGGUGGCGGAAUCUGAUCUAUAUCAACAAUUUUGACACAAACCAGAAGACAACCUGCUAUCCAGUGUCCUGGUAUCUGGCAGUGGACACGCAAUUGUACCUGGUUGCUCCAAUAUUUCUUGUAGCACUAUAUUUCUCAUUUGCAGCCGGAGCGGUGUCGAUUGUGGCUGGGUGUGUCGGAAGCAUUGUGACUACGUAUAUUUUGUACGGGGUUUAUGAUACAAUGUCAGCGGAUGAUUAUCAUUCAGAUCCCGAUGGUCACUACACCAACAUGAUCUACAACCGUCCCUGGAUACGGUGUACUCCUUAUCUUCUGGGUCUUCUAACAGGAUAUAUAAUUGCAAAUUACGGAAAACGCCAAAUCCGAUUUAACCGAGCUAUCAGUAUUACUUGCUGGGUCGUAGCUUUUGGAAUUGGUUUCGCAUGUUUAUUUGCUAAUUAUGAUUAUGAUAAAGGAUCAUAUUGGAGUCCGUUUGUCAAAGGAACUUUUAAUAAUUUUUCGAGGCUGGGAUGGUCAGUUGCAGUGGCUUGGGUCAUUGUUGCUAAUCAUUUUGGGUGGGGAGGUCCAAUUAAUGCAUUUAUGUCUCACCCGAUUUGGCAACCAUUUGGAAAAUUAUCAUACUGCGCAUAUAUUGUGCAUUGGAUGGCCCUUUAUUAUUUCCUGAACGUCGGAGAUAGACCUCUGCAAUUUUUUAAUAUUUGGCAAGUGUACUGCUACUACGCAAUCCCCGCUACAAUUCUCUCCUACUUUUUCGCAUUUUUCUGGAGCUGCCUUUUCGAAGUCUCCACCUUAAAACUUGAGAAAAUGCUCAUCGAGGCUAUUUUGAGAAUUGGAGCAACAACUUCUGACUCGAGACCAAAACCAGUUCCAAUUUCCGGCGGCUUAACAAAGGCAGAAGAUGAUUUGAAAAAGACAAAUGGCUCCUGGGAUAUUGAAAUAGAGCCAGUUGAGCCAGUUGUGCUCAAAUGUUGAUCAGCACCACCCAAAAUUUUCGAUUAAAUUUUCUCAUUCUCACGCUCGUGUCCAUAAUAUAUAUUUGUUUCUUGACUUCUCCGAACUCAUUCCAUUCGCCUUUUUUACCUAAUGUUGAUCGGUGUCUUGUUAUAUAAAAAAUUAGAGAAAA